AUGGCGACUGUUAACCAAAACAUGUUUGGAGCCAGUAUAACUGAGCAGCCUGGUGGCGCUCAGUUGAUGGUUCUGCCGUUGAAUCUCAUCGCUGAGAUUGUGUCACAUGUCAAUGAUACAGGCGAUCUCGCACGAUUAUGCCGGACAUGUCGGGUCCUCAACUAUAUGGCGCUGCCACAACUAUACAGCAGCUUAACGCUGACUUCCUACGACAAAAUCCGCUAUCGCGGCGAACAACCAGAAGGAAUCGGGAGCGCGAGUCCGUUCACAAUGGGUCUGAAUGCGAUUAUCACACGGUCCUAUGCGCCGCUUGUCCGGUCAAUGACAUUACGAGGAGAAUGGAAAGAACAUGAGCUGGAGGAGCACGCCCGAGUCGGUCGGGUGCCCGACUCAUCAAUGUUGCUAAACAUUGCCGCUCGCGCCGCGAUAGACCGCAUGACGAAUCUGGAGAGCUUCCACUGGGAAUUGAACACCAAGAUGCUCGACACGGUAUUCUUGGGAUUGACACAACUGCCCAAGCUCACAUCUCUGACGAUCCGCUUCCCCUCUAGCCGUCACCCACAGCCCACCUUUGUCAUCCCGGGCAUGCCCCAUCUGCGAUGUCUGAAAGUGACCGAUAUCGACCCGCUAUGCUACCCGGAUGAUAUUGCGACCCUGCUUUGGAAAAGUCGGAAGCUUCGCGAAUUGAAAUUACAUUGGUCGCCGCGCAUGCGCGAUGCCCAGGAACCCAGUGUAUCGCUGCAUGAUUACUUCCGCAAGCUUAUCACAUACAAGCAGCCCCUGAUGGUGAAGAAAAUGUCUUUCCAAAAUCUCUAUGCGUUCCACACAGAAGACUUCAAUUUCGCUUUUGACCCGACCACCGUGGAAGAUGUCACAUUCCUCAGUGGGGUCGAGGGAUCUAGUUUGGUCAACACGUUCGUCGAGAGCAGCUGGCCGACUGCCCCACCACAUGCUAAGCUUCGUAUCAAAUCUGUGCGAAUGGACGCAGUUUCAAAGCGGAAUGCAGAGUUUAUUGGAAAUUUUCAUUCCCUCGAGCGGCUUUAUUUCGUCAAUGUUACCUCCGCCUCAAGCGACUCUCUCAACUCCCCACGAACUGGAGAUGUAGAAAUAUCAGCGCUCACGCCGCCUGUCUCUGAACACCAGGUCCCCGGUGUGUCAAAUGGAACAUCCACCAAUUCCCCUAUUACCUCUGCCUCCCCAGCCAGUCAGCUCAAUGCCAUAGCGAGCGUCCGAGAUAUUUAUCUUUCACAUAUCACCACAAACCACGGUGCUACAUUGCGGCAUCUUCUUCUACCAUCUAAAUGGCCUCUCUCCACAGGGAUGAUCGCACGACUCGUCCAUAGCUGCCCGAAUCUGGAGCAACUCGCCCUCGCCACAGAGUUCACCAGCAUGGAUUCUCUGGGCCUUCUAAUACCCUUCCUCAGGAAGCUGAAAGCGCUUCGGCUUCUCAUUCCCCCAUCUUCCGCAGCCCAAAAUGGACCGCCCGGCGCUACACUCAAGGCAUCCCUUGUCGCACAAGGGAAGCCUUUCGACAACAGAUUAAUGAUGGAAGAAACCCUUGCAAACGCCAAAUCUUUCGCAGAAGUGGUGGACAUCGAUGACUCAAUCCUAACGGAAAUGAUGAGCUAUGAUCUCGCCAACCCACAAGUCUACGGCAAUAUCAAAGUAGUCGGCAUGGGCUGGAAAUCCUGGGAACUGCGAGACUUCUACAAAGCCCCCCUCCCAUGCGGACCCAGGGACUCCCAAUCGCCAGACGGCAAUGUUAGAGAAACCACAGAAAGCCCCAUACCAGGCAGCUGCGACGCUGGACGUGGUGGGCCAACCCAAUCUCCUACCGCACACAGAACCUGCGAUACACAGAAAACACAUAUCCCCGUGUGGUCGACCGCGCCACCCGGCCCUAGAUCCUUCCCGCCAUCGACACUAGGCAAACGAAACCGCGAGGACGACCGCACUCCGAAUGGAGUAACGCCCCGCGGCCCAGAAACACAUAAUGAAGACCGCGAGGAUACCCCAAUCUACUCCGGCUGCUACCCGCACACCGUUGCCAGCGAUGGCCUUAUUUGGAGAAGGCGUAUGCGGCGCGUUGGGUGGGAGACUUUGAAGCAUUGGGAAGUUUGGGCGCUGGAUUCGCAGGAGCUUUGA